AUGUUGAAUGUGGAUGGGAUGAAUGGAAUAGUAUCAGUGAACAGUGUCGUCCAGUGGCUCUAUGCUCUUACAGGCUCUACGUCUGCCGCCAUAGUGAAGACUUCAGUCCGCCUGCUUCUCAUGUUCGUCUGCUACAGUGAAUGCAACUCCUUCCUCUUCAUCCAGGCUGUCUCGGCUUCCAGCAUCAGCAAAGGUUGCAAGAAGAUGUAUUCCAACUUGAUGGAUCUAUUGAAGCAGUCCAAUCGCGACAACUCACAGUGGAAUGAUGCAUGUUUGUUUGCCAUGCUUCUCAUCAAUAAGAUGCUGGAACCAAUUCCAGACCAAGACACGUUCUAUAACGCUGUGGAUGUCCUAUUGGAACAGGGUAUUGACAAGGUUCGUUCGUUCGUCGUUCUGAUUGGUUGA